GGCUACGUAGCCAUGCAUUAAUCUGCUGUAAGCACGCAGAAGAAACGCUAGGUUUCGUUUUAUCGUAGUUGCAUUAUUGCAUACGAUUUUACGUGUGUGUAGUUAUUCCAGCCCAUCUCCGUGGAGUACCAAUAAAUAGGAACAAGAACAGAUGCAGGCUUAAGGCAUUGUAAUCUUUAUGGAGGCAGAUAGCAGUCAUUCCAGGAAUUCUUGAGAAGCAUUGUGUAUGAAUGAAAUAAAGAGAAAGGUUUUUAAAAUGAAGACUCUAACUGCUUUGCUACUUACGAUACUCGUAACUGGAGUGGUUUGUCGAAUUGAUACUUCGUCUGAUAAUAUUGAAGCAUCAACUACACACGUAUCAUUGAGAAUUAAGUCACACGUGAACAAUUUAGAUGGUUCUGCAGAAUCGAAAAAACCUUUACUUAAGGUGAAUGGUACAUCAAGGAAAGAGUCUUAUUCCAUCGCUACAUCAACUGGACAAACGAAAGAUGAAACGUCUUCUACUGAGAAUGAAAGGGUAAAAUUAAAAAAAGAUGAUUUAAAGCUUUUAAAACCCUUCCUUGGUCCUAAGGAUAUGCUUAUGCAAGAAAUUCGUACUUUAAACGAAGAAGCUUCUAAUUCUAAGGCGCAAUAUGCACAAAUAGUUAACAACGAAUCCAUAUCAAGGAUAACUAGUGAUAACACAACAGAGAAAAAUGCUAUAACGAAAUUAGUUGAAGAUGAAGACGAACCUUACGAAGAUGAUUCAAGCGAGGAAGAAGAAAAUGAGAAUGAAGAUGAAUACGACGAUGAAGACGAUGACGACGAAUACGAUGAAGAGCCCGAAGAUGAUGAACAAGUUAUGACACAAUGUCCUGAUUAUUGCAAAUGUGCCGGGGAGUAUGCAGCUGCAGCAACUGCAACGUGCACUAAACUUGUGGAACAUCAAUUUUUUGAUAGGGGUAUUGUACAUUUGCGCAUAGAAAAUGCUGGUCAAAUUCGUCUCGGCCCUCAUGCAUUUCAGUCACGUGGAUUUCAGCAAUUGGAAUCUAUUGUGAUUACUGACACAAGGAUAGUCGAAUUAAAUCAAACUGCGUUUGAUGGAAUACCGUAUUUGUUUUCUAUAAAUUUAACACGUAACGAUCUUCAAGAUAUUCAUCGGAACACUUUCCAAAGCAUCAGACAAUUGUCAUUACUUGCUAUCUCUGGAAAUCCGUUGAAACAUACACAAGAUUUGAAAUUGACAAAACAUGGUCUGUUUGAUGCUCCAUCAGUAACAGAAUUUGAUUUUUCCUAUAAUGGUUUAAUGAAACUGAAACGUACAGCAUUUUUAAAAAUGAAAAGUCUAACUUAUGUUAAUUUAAAAGGCAACAAGUUAAAGGAAAUUGAUAGCACAACUUUCAAAAUGUUGGAAUCACUUGUGGAAGUGAAUCUUUCGGACAAUUUAUUGAAUGAAAUUCCUAUUGAUCUUUUUUCUAAUAAUGGGGUUCAAACGCUUCAUAUUGCUGGAAAUAAUUUAACAAGCUUGAGUACUAUACAAACAACUAAAUUAAAAUUAUUAGAUGCUUCUAAUAAUAAAAUCAGGAUUAUAGCGAAAGAUGAUCUUUCUGGUGUACCCUCAUUGGAUCAAUUGAUAAUUAAUUCGAAUGGCCUCAAAAGAAUUCAUCAACAUGCCUUUGCCAAUCUUGAUAAACUUAAUUCUCUUGAUAUUAGUAAUAAUAAACUAACUUCUCUAACAGAACAUCAUUUAAGAGCUAAUUCAAGGCUACAAGUUUUAUUAAUGAAUGACAAUCCUGAAUUGAAAACUUUACCAAUAUUUAAAACAUUUGGACUUGAGUAUGAUACAUUCAACGUAUAUCGAUUUGAAUGCUCUAACUGUGGCUUGUAUUUCCUCGAGAAAGAAACUUUCAAUGCCAUGCCAGCAAUAACGCGGUUAAAUUUAUCUAGAAAUCGUUUAACUGGUCUUCCAAACGGACUUCUGAGUCGUCUCUCAUCUUUACGAGUUCUUGAUCUUUCUGAUAAUAUAAUUAGUACGUUAGAAAAUAACAUGUUCAGUGGUGCCACUAGUUUAACGAAACUCAGUCUUGCUGGUAAUCCUUUGACAACAUUACAAGUAACACCUUUCCUGGAGGCUACCGAUCUUACUAAACUCGACGUAAGCAGAUGCGCUUUAGAGAGAGUUUGGUCCGAAGCUAGAGUUCAGCUGAUUAGUUUACGAUCCCUGUCAGUUCGGCAAAAUCUCCUUCGUCGAAUUACUGUGGAAGAACUAAAAGCAACGCCGAAACUUGUUAGUUUGGAUUUAUCACACAAUCCUAUUGAUUGUGAUCUUGAAUUUAAUGAUGCUGUACAAUGGCUUACUGAUCAUGGUGUAACACCAAUUGAAACGUCAAAAUAUAUAAGCAAUUAUGGUAACGGUGACAACUAUCAAGAUUCUGAAGGUAUUAGCCAAUGGACAGAUUUGGCAAAAAUUGUUUGUGAAGGCGUUAGUACUGGACCACGACCAAGACCAGUUCCUCAUAAAGAAAAGAAAUUGAAAAUUUUCGUUGGAGGAUUCGACACAUCAGAAGAUUCAGAUCCUCUAUUUAGAAGUAAUGUUGAAAGUGAUGAAGAAUUAUUUAAACUGCAAAACUUUGAUCAUGGAAUGAAAUCGAAUGAAGAAUCUGAUAAAGCGUGGACAACUCAAGAUGAAGAAUACGAAGAUUUUGUUGCUUCUGAAAACAUGGAAUAUCAUCCCUGGUAUACUAGUGCACUUUGGCCUGUAGUUAUCGUAAUUAUUAUAAUUGCAAUGAUUCUUUUACUAACGGUGCAUAUUGCAAUUCAUUUGGCGAAACGACGAGGUCAAGGACCUGUUAUUAGGCCACCCAUGAUACUUCGACAAGGUUUAAUUGAUAACAAAAAUUGCGGUUUAGUCUAUAAACCGCUUCAAGAAGAAAUUGCUACGCCGCAUGUUCCAAAACGAGGAAGCUUUUAUUCUAGUAGUACAUUCCAUUAUGAUAAAAUCGUGCCAGAAAGCGUUUAAGUUCAUUAUUAAUUACAACUAAAUAAUGAGUUACUUAACAAUCAACAUAAUUCAAUUUAACCAGAUAUUAAAGAAGGUAAAAAGAUGUUUAAAAAAAUAUUUUCAAUAUCGAUACACAAUUUAAUAACACAUCGGAAAAACGUGCGGUAUGUAAAAAUAUUAUAUUUCUAAUAGUAAAAAUAAAGAAAAUAUAUAAACUUUUACAUUUAAUAUUAUAAAAUAUUCAUAAAUAAUGAUAAAUGUACGGGAGAAUAUUUUUUAUAUAUAAUUAAGAUAAUCUAAAAAGCAUAUUUUUUAGAAUAUCUAUUUCUGUAUUUUUAAGAUUUUGAUUUAUGAUACUUAAUAACGUUUUAAGAAAAUUUAUGCAUUUUUACGAAACUUUUACUUGCAUAAAUAAUUUGUAUUUCUUUCAAUUCAGUUAAGCACGAUUUUACAAAAUAAUAUAUUAAUAAUUCAACUAAAUGUACAUUUAAUUAAUAUUGCAUAAUUAAUAUACUUUUAUUGGUUAUUACUGAUAAUUGUAAAAUUGCAACUUUAGAUAAAUAAAUGUAUUGUAAAAAACAAGUUGAAACAAGAAAAAAUAAAAAGUUUAAAAAAUAGGAUUUUAAAACGUAACGAAUAUAAUUUUAUAUUUUAAAUAAUAUUGUUCAGUUACAGUAAUAUAUAAAAACUAUAAGAUUCAUAAUUCUUUGUUACGGUGAUGGUAACAGCAUCACUUGUAAUAAUUGUUUAAGCCAUAAAUAGUUAAGUAUUUUCUACUAAGUACUACACGUAGUACUAAGUUAAUGUUUCGUAGUAUAAGUAGUACAUUAUGUGCUACAUAUUACACUACGUAUUGUAAAUAAUGUAUAACGUUUUAAUAAAAUUUUGAUCAUAGUAAAAGACAA